AAAAAGCCAAUGUGAUCAAAACGGCCCAAGGCCCACCCCAUCUCUCAGUAAAUAAUCCCUUUUUAAAAUUCUUGUUUUUCGGAUUGGAGCAGAAAACAAAGCAUUUUUCUUUUUCAGCUUCAUCAUCCUCACAACUCCAUUCAGAACGUGAGAGGAUCGGAUUGCGGGUUUCGUUUGUGUUGAUGUGUGAAGGUUGCCUUUGAGCUUGUGGAGUCUUAGGUGACUUCUAGUUUGGAUAUGCAGAUGGGCGGUGGGAGUAAGAUAGAUUUGCAAACAUUAGAUGAGGGUAUGCAGCCUUUGGCAAAUGGGACUAUUGAAGACACCUUGCAGAGUGAGCUGGAGAAGAUACUGCAAGAGCAGCGUAAUCAGCAGUUUAUCAAUCGAGAGAGGGAUUUCAAUAUUAGUAGGAGUGGAAGUGCGCCUCCGACAGUGGAGGGAUCGUUUAGUGCUUUUGGGAGCCUAAGGAACUCUGAUUUUGGAUCGAUCAAUGAUAGGAGUAAUAACAAUGGACUUUUGACUGAAGAUGACAUCCGAUCGCAUCCUGCGUAUCUUUCCUAUUAUUACUCACAUGAGAGUAUAAAUCCUAGGUUGCCUCCACCGUUGUUGUCGAAAGAAGACUGGCGUGUUGCACAAAGGUUUCAUGGUGGUGGGUCUUCUUCAAUUGAGGGAUUUGGGGACUGGAGGAAGAACGUGGCCACAAAUGGUGAUAGUUCAUCUCUAUUUUCAAUGCAGCCAGGAUUUUCUGUGCAACAGGCAGAGAAUGAUUUGAUGGAACUGAGGAAAUCCAGUGGAUGGAAUGUCUCUAGGCAGGGUUCAAGUCAGAUGCUUGACAGACAUAUGGAUGGUUUGACAAGAAUGUCAGGAGCUGGUCUUGGUGGGAGGAGAACUGGUUUCAAUGACAUUCUUCAGCAGGAAGGACUUGAGCAACCUGCUCCAUUGUCUAGCACCAUGUCACGUCCAGCGAGUCACAAUGCAUUUGGUGAUAUUAUGGGUUCAACUGGCAUUGUUGAUCGUGAAUCCUUUGAGGGCUUGCGUUCUUCAGCUUCUACCCCUGGUUUGGUUGGACUUCAGAACCACAGUCUAAAUCUUUCUCAUAGUUUUGCACCCGCUGUAGGUACUUCUCCGUCAAGGGUGAAAACCCCUGAAGCACAGGUUAUUGGGAGACCUGUUGCAUCUGCAGCUUCCCAAAUGGGUAAUAAAGUUUUCUCUGUUGAGAAUAUCGGUAUGGGCUUGGGCACCCAGCAUGGCCACUCUUCCAAUAUGACUGAUCUUACUGAUGUGGUGUCUUCUUUAGCUGGGUUAAAUUUGUCAGGUGCUAGACAUGCAGAGCAAGAUAGUCUUUUGAAAUCUAAGCUGCAAAUGGAAGUUGACAAUCAUGCUGAUGUUCUAUUAAGCACACAAAGCAAUGUUAAUUUGCCCAGACGUAAUGAUAUUGCAACAAACCUUAACACCUUUAGUUCAAAUGAGCAUGUCAAUCUACUGAAAAAAACUGCUUCUUCUGCUAAUCUUCGCUCAAAAUUGCAUUCUACUGGAAAUGCAUCAAGUUUUCCAAAUGCAGACUUCACUGGCCAUGUUCCUAGUGCAUAUCUUGUAAACUCAAAAUUGAAUUCUGUUUACAAUAAUAAUCUUGAGACAGCUUUGAGGCUUCGCAGAGAUGGACAAAGUUUAGAUGCACAAGGAAAUCAUGUUGGUCCUGAACUUCAUUCCUCAACUCUGAACCCACACUUGAUCCAAUGCUUGCAGCAAAGUUCUGAUUACUCGAUGCAAGGGAUGAGUAGUUCUGGCUAUCCUCUUCAAAUGAGAAAUUUCCCUGAUGCUUCACAUGGAGAUUUGGAGGGACUUAGGAAAGCAUAUCUUGAGACACUUCUUACUCAACAAAAGCAACAGUAUGAGCUCCCACUUCUGAGCAAAUCUGGGCUUACUAAUGGCUUCUAUGGGAGUCAGCCAUAUGGUCUUGGCAUGCCAUAUUCUGGAAAGCAGAUUGCAAAUUCCACACUUCCUUCUCUUGGAUCUGGAAAUCCACUCUUUGAGAAUGAACGUAUAUCACGCUUAAAUUCUAUGAUGAGAAGUUCAGUGGGAGGUUCUGGUGGCUCAUGGCAUGCUGAUAUUGGCAAUAAUAUAGAGGGAAGAUUUGCUUCAUCCUUACUAGAUGAGUUCAAGAACAAGAAAACCAGGCCUUUUGAACUUCCAGAUAUCAUUGAUCAUGUGGUUCAAUUCAGUACUGAUCAGUAUGGUAGCCGCUUUAUUCAGCAGAAAUUAGAAACAGCAUCAGUAGAAGAGAAGACCAAGAUAUUUCCUGAGAUCAUUCCUCAUGCUCGUGCCUUGAUGACUGAUGUUUUUGGAAAUUAUGUUAUACAAAAAUUUUUUGAGCAUGGUACAGAAAGUCAAAGAAAGGAAUUAGCCAGCCAACUUACAGGUCAUGUUUUACCUCUUAGUCUGCAAAUGUAUGGUUGCAGAGUGAUUCAAAAGGCCUUGGAGGUGGUUGAUGCGGAUCAGCAGGGUCAACUGGUGUCUGAGCUCAAUGGUGCAAUAAUGAAAUGUGUACGUGAUCAAAAUGGAAACCAUGUUAUUCAGAAGUGUAUAGAGUGUGUACCUCAAGAUAAAAUUCAGUUUAUUGUUUCAUCCUUUUAUGGGCAAGUUGUUUUACUUUCUACUCAUCCUUAUGGGUGCAGAGUUAUCCAGAGGGUUCUAGAGCAUUGUGAUGAUCUAAAUACACAACAAAUUAUCAUGGAUGAAAUCAUGCAAUCUGUCGGCACUUUAGCACAGGAUCAAUAUGGAAAUUAUGUUAUUCAGCAUAUUGUGGAGCAUGGUAAACCACAUGAACGGACUGCUAUUAUCAGCAAGCUUGCCGGGCAGAUUGUUAAGAUGAGCCAGCAAAAGUUUGCUUCAAAUGUUAUCGAGAAGUGUUUGGCUUUUGGUAGUCCUGAAGAACGUCAGAUUUUGGUGAAUGAAAUGCUUGGUACUUCUGAUGAGAAUGAACCCUUACAGGCUAUGAUGAAGGACCCUUUUGGAAAUUAUGUUGUGCAAAAGGUUCUUGAGACUUGUGAUGAUCGAAGUCUUGAGCUGAUCCUUUCUCGCAUCAAGGUUCACUUAAAUGCACUGAAGCGGUAUACUUAUGGCAAACAUAUAGUUUCUCGUGUGGAGAAGCUCAUAACCACUGGAGAAAAGCGCAUAGGGUUGUUGGUCUAAUUCAUACAUCCUCAGGCAUCCAAUGAAGGUCUUGGAGACAAGAAGUCCUCCUACUGUCCCAACUUUUCCUUUUGUACAGCUAACAUGAAUGUUUAUAUCACCAAGUUUCCCCUGCAAGCUUUACUUUAUAUAAAGCAUUGGAGAUAAAUGCGGUCAGCUUGGCCAUUAGAAUAAAUUACUUUUCUUACUUUGCUUGAUUUCGUUACUACAACUUGACAGAAAUCUCCAUACGGAGAGUUAACUUAGGAUGUCAACAAUAGACGGCAAUGUGUAUUUUUUGUGCAUGUAUAUGAGGUCCAUUGUCUGUAAAGAAAAUAAUGGUAAAUGACUUAUUGCAGUAACCAGAGUCAUUAUUAGAUCAGGCUCUAAACUUCUAUUUCAUCUAUGUAAAUAAUAUGCUGCAAAUUUCUUGCGUU